AUGGGCGACACUCUUCCAGUCAUCAGGCGCGAAGUAACUAUGAUUUUUUUUUUUGCCACAAAACAUCAUUAUUUCAUCAAUUUUCAUGAGUCUCAAAUCGUAAUAUUUUUCCAAAAAUCUCAUUUAAAAACCUUGUACAUAGUCUUGACAAGCAAGCAUCACGAGGGGUUCACAAACUUCCCAUCGCCGUAUUCCUUCAACUGGAACUCCGUUGACGUUGGUCCAAACAGAGACCUUGUCGGUGAGCUCUCCAAGGCGAUUAAAGCCCAUCGUGGCAUGAAAUUCGGCCUUUAUUAUUCGCUAUACGAAUGGUUCAAUCCCUUGUACCAGAAGGACAAGGCAAAUGGAUGGACAACGAGAGACUUCGUUGUCAACAAAAUGACACCGGAACUCAAGUAUUUGGUGGAAACAUACCAGCCGGAAGUUAUUUGGUCGGACGGCGACUGGGAACCGCAGUACACGUACUGGGACUCUCCCGGGUUCCUGGCAUGGCUGUACAACGACAGUCCGGUUCGCGACACUGUCGUCGUCAAUGACCGUUGGGGCUCGACGAUGGCUUGCAGUCACGGGGGAUAUUACACUUGCACCGACAGAUUCAACCCAGGAACUCUGCAGCCUCACAAGUGGGAAAAUUGUUGGACAAUCGACAAACAAUCGUGGGGUUAUCGAAGGAACGCGCACAUAUGGGAAUAUUGUUCGAUCGAGGAACUCAUUCAAGUGCUUGCAGAAACGGUUUCCUGUGGAGGUAACUUGUUGCUGAACGUUGGCCCAUCCCACGAUGGAACAAUUAAGCCUAUUUUCGAAGAACGACUCCUGCAAAUGGGAGUUUGGCUGAGAGUCAACGGCGAAGCAAUUUAUCAUUCCAAACCAUGGUUGCAUCAAAACGACACAGAGGUGUCAGAUGUUUGGUACACGAAAAGAACUUUCGAAGAUGGUUCCGAUAAAGUGUACGCCAUUCUUCUCGACUGGCCAGCAACCGGGACGCUGGUGCUGGGAGCGCCAAAAUUUUGCACGAAUACAAUCGUGAAUCUGCUCGGGUGGCCACAACCGAUCACGUGGACAGCAUCAACAAGAGGACCGGAGAUCGUUCUUCCGCCAAGACAACAAGUAGUGACGGAUUGGGCGUGGGUUCUUGUAUUUCAAGGACUGUGCAACGACAAGUCCUGAACAAGUGCUUGGAAAAAAAAA